UUUCUCAUUCAGCACGUAGCAACUCCUCUCUUUUUUUUUCUCUCUCUCUCUCUCUAUCAGGCGGCGUCCAAAUCUCACCGUGGAUCAGAAUUCACGCCCCGUUGCGGGCUUGCGGCCCCCUCUUUCCCCACUGCUGCCCCGGCGCCAGCUGCAGCAGCGCCAAGCCGGGAAAAAAGCUUCUUUCCGAUAUUCGGCUGUCUUGUUUCCAUUCUCCCCUCUCCCUCCCUCCUCCAGCACCCCGCAUGGUGUGAUCAGGCCGCUCGGCGUGGAAGGAAAAGGCGCGACACAGCCAGCCAUGCCCACGCCUCGCGCCGCCACCGUCCUCCUGCUGCUAGCCCUGGCGGCCAGCGCGGCCCGGGGCGCCGACGACCUGGCCUCGGACACCGCGGCGCUGCAGGCCUUCCUGGCGCCGUUCGGGUCCGCGACUGUGUCGUGGAACUCGUCCACGCCGACCUGCUCCUGGACGGGCAUCGUCUGCACGGGCGGCCGCGUCACGGAGAUCCACCUGCCCGGGGAAGGCCUCCGGGGCGCGCUCCCCGUCGGCGCGCUCGGCGGGCUCAACAAGCUUGCCGUGCUGUCGCUGCGGUACAACGCGCUCUCCGGCGCGCUGCCUCGGGACCUGGCCUCCUGCGUCGAGCUCCGCGUGAUCAACCUGCAGUCCAACCUCCUCUCGGGCGAGCUCCCCGCGGAGGUUCUGGCGCUGCCGGCGUUGACGCAGCUCAACCUCGCGGAGAACCGCUUCGAGGGGAGGGUAUCGCCGGCCAUUGCCAAGAACGGGCGGCUGCAGCUGCUCUUCCUGGACGGCAACCGCCUCACGGGAGAGCUGCCGGAUGUCAGCAUGCCGUCGCUCACCUCGUUCAACGUCUCCUUCAACAACCUCAGCGGCGAGAUACCCACGAGCUUCGGCGGCAUGCCGGCCACGUCUUUCCUCGGCAUGCCGCUGUGCGGCAAGCCCCUCUCGCCGUGCCGAGCGCCGGGUUCGGAAGCGCCGCCGUCCUCCUCUCAGUCUCCCACGCUCCCGCCCGAGGCACCGGCCUCGACGACGGACAGCCGCGGACGAGGCAGGCAUCACCUCGCCGGCGGCGCCAUCGCUGGCAUUGUGAUUGGCUGCGCGUUUGGCUUCCUGCUCGUCGCGGCCGUCCUCGUCCUCGCGUGCGGCGCGCUGCGGCGGGAGCCGAGACCAACGUACCGCAGCCACGACGCCGUUGCGGCGGAGCUGGCCCUGCACAGCAAGGAGGCAAUGAGCCCCAACGGCUACACUCCACGUGUCUCAGACGCGCGACCGCCGCCGCCGCCGCUGCCUUCAGUCCCGCCAGCCGCACCCGCGGGGCGGAAGAAGCUUUUCUUCUUCGGUAGGAUUCCUCGUCCCUACGACCUCGAGGACCUGCUGCGCGCGUCCGCCGAGGUUCUCGGCAAGGGCACGUACGGCACCACGUACAAGGCCGCGAUCGAGUCUGGGCCGGUCAUGGCGGUGAAGCGCCUCAAGGAGACCUCGUUGCCGGAGCGCGAGUUCCGGGACAAGGUCGCGGCCAUCGGCGGGAUCGACCAUCCCAACGUCGUGCCCCUGCAGGCGUAUUACUUCAGCAAGGACGAGAAGCUCAUGGUGUACGAGUUCGUGGCCAUGGGCAGCCUUUCCUCCAUGCUUCACGGCAACCGCGGCUCCGGCCGGUCGCCGCUGAGCUGGGAGUCGAGGAGGCGCAUCGCGCUGGCCUCGGCGCGCGGCCUCGAGUACAUCCACGCCACGGGCUCCAUGGUGACGCACGGCAACAUCAAGUCCUCCAACAUCCUCCUCAGCCGCUCCGUGGACGCGCGCGUGGCCGACCACGGGCUCGCGCACCUCGUCGGCCCGGCCGGCGCGCCGACGACCCGCGUCGCGGGGUACCGCGCGCCCGAGGUGGUGGCGGACCCGCGGCGGGCUUCGCAGAAGGCGGACGUGUACAGCUUCGGCGUGCUGCUCCUGGAGCUGCUGACGGGGAAGGCGCCGACGCACGCGGUGCUGCACGAGGAAGGCGUGGACCUCCCGCGGUGGGCGCGCUCCGUGGUGAAGGAGGAGUGGACGUCCGAGGUGUUCGACACGGAGCUGCUCAGGCACCCGGGCGCCGAGGAGGAGAUGGUGGAGAUGCUGCAGCUGGCCAUGGACUGCAGCGAGCCCGCCCCGGACCAGCGGCCGGCGAUGCCCGAGAUCGUGGCGCGCAUCGAGGCGCUCGGCGGCAUGGCGUCGGCGUCCACGGCGCGGUCCGCCGGCCGGAGUGUUUCCAUGGACGAGGCGGACGACCGGCCGCUGAGGACCACCGGAUCGAUCCGCCAGAGCUGAGGUCCGUCCGAUCUGUCACUUGUCAGGCAGCAGCGUACUGUAGUGGUCAUUCGGUAACUCAUGGAAGGUUCUGAAGAAGGGGGAAAAAAGAGAGAUCUUUCUGUUCUGUCUUCUUGCGUUUGUCGUAGGGCGUUUCGUCGUGUGCUGUUUAUUCUUUGAUGAAGUCUCUUGACACUGCUUCGUCCUCAGAUCAAUUCUUUCGUUUUAUUAGCAGCGGUGAGUGUGCUGAUGGUGUUGAAUUGGUGGUGGUGAUAGGAAAAAGUCAGUCAUGCAAUGUGUAAUUACUUUACCUCUACCUGAAUGGUGCGAUCGUCUCUGCUGAUUU